AGGAAUAAUAUUUACUGGUCGUGUUUUUAUUUGUUAAAACGAUACAUGUUUAGGAUCUGAAUGGAUGUAUUAUACGGCAACUAAAUGUAUAAUCGUUAUAUUUUGAUACUAAUGGAUCUAAUUAAAGAAGCUUUGUCCUAUAGCAAUGAAUUUUGGCAGAAACUAUCUAUUGGAUAUCUUUGUACAUUAAUUCUUUUAUACGAAGCGUUUUAACAAGACAUCAACGAAAUUGUGUGUUGGCGACGAUACUGUUAUGGACUAAGUAUUCCCAGAAAAAAAAGAUAAAAACAUAUUCACAAGGAACAAGAAUUAUUUUUCGGAACUCUUACAGUUAAAUCAGUAACUAUGCACAAAAUCUUGAAUUUUCUUAUCAUCGUCCUGUUCAAAUCAACAAAAGGUGCUGAAUACAUGGAAGCUAAGAUGAAGUUGGAUAACUUCCGGUUCGACGUCAACGUCAUUCAAACGCGUCACAAAGGUGACGUCACAGACUGUGCCGUCAAAUGUACGUCACGCCUUGACUGUCUGUCAAUACAGUAUCGGGACAGUACGCAGACAUGCCGAAUGUUUGACACCAUUUUCUUGACUUCUGACGGUGCAUCUUACGAAAAUGGCUGGAGAUAUUAUCUGAAAACAGGAGGGAUCUGUCCACCUCAUUUCACAUUCACGGCCAUUGAUGGUCUCUGUUUCCAUGACGGCGGGGAGCUGAGAAGGGACGCCGGCGUCAAGUAUUGCGCCAAAGUAGGCUCAGGUCUGAUUCUCGUAAGCUCAGCAAACAUCGAGUUCUUCCUUGAGAGCAUACUAGAUAGGGUAACUCCAUCAUACUCUGGGGCAAAGUCGGCCUACAUCCAGGGUCAGUGGAACUCGACCCAUUGGCUGGAUGACGAUGGGCAGGAACUCCAGUACACAAACUGGGAGGGCGGAACGAAUAAUCCCGGACCGUCCAGAAUCUACAACAUAAAGAUCAAGCAGUCCAGUGGCGGGUACUAUUGGAAAGAGGCGACUUCCGGGAAUGACUACGUCAGACACGUGUUUUGUGGAGUGAUUUUACGAUAGUUGGCUGUCUGAAAAAAGCAGGGAAGGUUGCAGUUGGAUUAAACAUAUAUUUUCAAGAAAAAAUAACUUUUUUGAAAUUAAAGUUUACGGAGGUAUAAACUUGUUGGUUCACAUGGUCAAGUCACGUGAAGCCCGAGUAAUAUCUUGUCUGAUAUGAUAACAUAUUAAGUAUAUAUAGAAAUAAAAAAGUAUCAAUUACCGAUGUAAAAGGAAAGUUUUCAUGAAUAUUUAUCGAACAUGUCAUGCCACGCCCUUUCCAUCUUCUCACAAUGCAGUUCUCGCUGAAACUGAGUGCUUGGUUGUAGACCGGUGUUAUAUAGUGCCUUUUCCCCCUAGCCAUCUUUCCCCCCGGAAAAAUGGCUAUAUAGCAGUUUUUCCCCCACGGAAAGCUGACUAUAUAGUGGGUUUUCCCCCUUUUUAUAGCCCGAUUACCCCCACGGAAAACCUACUAUAUAGUGGAUUUUCCCCCAUUUUUACUUUCCGGCCAUGUUUAUUGCGGACCACUCGUGACAAUAAUUUGCAAUAACUAAUAUGACAUUAAUUUCUCACAAAAAAGGAUAAUUAUGGCAUUUAUUAAUACAUGUAAUAAAAUACAUGGUUUUUCAACCCCAAAUAUGAACUAAGGCAUGCGCCUUCAUAACAUGCAUGUGUCAUCAUCGUUUACAUGUAUUUCACCUGUUCUCACCCCUUUUUGGAACACCUUUUACACGGAUUUCGGAAUACCUCGAAUCUUUUUCAUCUAAUCGAUGCUUAUCUACAGUUUUGACUUCGACGUUAUGAACACGCGAGAACACAUUUGAGUGAAAAUACGCUGGUUUGGAAAUUUAAUUUUCCAAUGUAUUACCAUCAAUGUAUAAGCUUCUCCCAGGGAACUAACUGACCAAUCUUGACUUAAUUUUGUAGAGGAAGGGAAUAAAAAGUGGAAAUGUAUUACUCCCUUCGUCCAAAAGGUUAUCAAUUUUAAAUUAACACCGUUAGAAUUGAAGAUCUUAAAAACAAAUAUAUAUUUCUUCUGCUAAAUAUCAAACGGGGGACAGGAUGCAAUGAUAUGAUGAGAAACUGAAAUAUUUUAGUUUUACUUUGAUUGAUGGGGUUCUAAAUCAUGGGUAAGGGGUAUUUUAAUUAUGUAUUAAAAGCAUAUGUGAAGUUAGUGUUUACCACUUCGUUUUAAAGUUACGCAUAUUCAUAUUUUUAAGCACAUUUCUACAAAACGCGAGAUAUUAUGAUU